AUGAGUAAGCACGCUCUGCUGCGUACUCGUACGCUAGAGUCCCUCAAUAGCGAUGUUCUCAUCAGGAUUUUAUCCGCAUUCGACUCCUUUAGCGACCUUGCCUCCGUUAUUCAUGCAUCGCCAGCAUCGCUUCACGCUUUUCUCUCCGCCAAGGCAGCCGUGCUCUUGCAGGUCGCCAGCAACAUUCUCGGGCCGGCGACUCGGGACGCUGCUUUACUCGCACAAACAUCGCAACUUAAAAAGAGUAGCCAUGAAGAGUUUCAGCGCGCAGUCGACGAAGCAGUGCUAGACUAUAGAGCUCACUUGCGUGUCGCUACCGCACCAUGGGUGCCGAUGCUCGAUACUGACACUGCAGUGGCCCUGAGCCAUGUAGCCCGGCUCGCCCAAUUAUUUGUCAAUCUCUUCGUCUCUUUUAUUUUCGAUAGUUUGCGCAUGAGCUGGAUGCAGCGGAAGAAAAUGCUCAUCUUCCUCUUCAGCCUUGUCUAA